AUGUCUCUCGGAGCAAUUUGGACACAAUUCUUCCCACCGCGCAAUAGCGCACCGCUAACAGACACCAACUUACCAAGCCAAGCCGGCAAGGUGUUCAUCGUAACAGGCGGGUCAUCAGGGAUAGGAUAUGAGACUUCACGGAUCUUGUACGGCGCGGGUGGCAAAGUAUAUAUGCUUACACGAUCGAAAAACAAUGCUGAAGAUGCUAUUACCCGCAUAAAGGCACACUAUGACCAAGAUGGGGGUUCGAAUGUGAAGACGGGGAGCUUACAUUUCAUACAAAUGGACGUGGCAGAUUUUGAAAGUGUCAAAAACGCCACCCAACAAUUUCUGUCGCUCGAGGAGCCAGAUGGGAGACUCGAUGUCUUAUUCAAUAAUGCGGGUACUGGCGCUCGGAAAAAUGCUCCUCAAACUCCCCAGGGACACGAAUAUCAUUUUGCUACUAAUUCUAUUGGGCACCACUUACUCACCCGAUUACUCGCCCCUAUUAUGUCUAGAACAGCUAAGAAGUCUCCUAAGGAUACGGUGCGCGUAGUGUGGGCUGCGUCAGUUCUUGUCGACGUGUUAAGUCCUCGUGGUGGGAUCCGGAAAGAAUAUUUACAGGACCCCUUCAGUAUUAAGAAUCAAAAUGAGCUAUACGCCUCUUCUAAAACCGCAAAUUGGUUCCUGGCUUCAGAAUUCGCACGUCGUCAAUCCGAGGCUGGAGUAUUCGGCACGGGAGUUGUCCAUAUUGCUACCAACCCGGGAAACUAUAUUACGGGAAUAUGGCGUCACGUUUCUGCGUUACUUGGAUAUGUUCUUAGACCUAUCCUCCGCUAUCCUGUGUACGGUGCUUACACGUAUCUCUGGACGGCGUUCUCAGACUCGGUCACUAUGGAGGAUGCGGUGACGGGACGGUAUGCGAUUUGUGACGGAAGAUGGCAUCCAGGACAGAGAGAGGAUCUUCUCCUAGCACUGAGGGGGGAAGAAGAAGGGGGAUCGGGACGGGCAAGGGAGUAUUUCGAAUGGUGUGAGGAAAGGGUAAAGGAAUUCCUAAACUAG